AGUUUUUUGGAGAGCACAAGUUAACAUGUUGCGUGUCUGCACCCUGCAGUCAAUUGUGAUACUUCUUGGAGUUGCAGACGGUCGACUGCUGGACGGACUCCCGCACUUCCCGCCCCCCCCCUCCUACCUGCCCGUCAACUUCACCCUCCUCCAUGCCGACUCCGCCUUCUUCCUGAAGGAGGCCAACCAGGACAUCAUGCGCAACUCCAGCCUGCUGUCGCGCACCGAACCAUUCGUAGUGUUCCGUGCGCGCCGCACGCCCAUGGUCAACGCCACCUACGGGCCGCUGUCGGUCAGCCAGCCCGUCGCCAUGGAGCUCCUGCAGCCCUCCGGCUCCGUGUUCCCCUCUUCCUCGUCCUCCUCCUCCACCUCUUCCUCCUCCUCCUCAUCCUCUUCAUCCUCGCCUUUGUUCACCUUUAACUGGGAGGUCCAGACCUUCAUCAUCUCCGAGCGGGUUUACCUGCGGCGCCCGCGCGUCCAGGUGCUCUUCUACGUGUCCGGCCGCGACUGGGACGACUACAGCACGGUGGGCCGGCUGCCCUGCGUGUGUCUGUCGGCCUUCCACGAGACGCAGGAGGCGCGCGGCGUCUGCCAGCUGGCCGGCGACCUGGGCCUGUGCGUGGCCGAGCUGGAGCCGCUGCCCGGCUGGUUCAGCCCGCCCAGCGUGGUGCCCGGGCGCCAGCGGGCCUCCUCGGACCCUUCCGAAGGGACCCCUGUGGAGCUCUACUACCGGCUGCUGGAGCCCAGUCCGGAGGGCGGCUGUGGGGGACUCGGGGGGGCCGAGGACUCGGGGGCCAGGCGGAGGGCUCACCGGCCGGGGCCCGGGGGAGGGAGAGGGGGCUUCAGCACGCCCAUGCGGAGGAUAGGCAAAGUGCGGCUCCACCAGGCGCCCGCGACCCCUCAGCUGGCCGAGCGGCGUCUGGACGGGAACUUUGCGGUGCUGGUGCCGUCCGAGCCCGUCCGGCAGCGGGAGGCGGUGUCGGCGUUCAUUGCCACGGCGCCGUACUCGCCGGUAGAGGCCUUCACGCUCAGGGUGAAGUUAAAAGAGGGCUUUGCCUUUCUGGGGGCGCGGCCGAGCAACCCUACCCUGUGGAUGGUGAGCCAGGACGUCCGCAGCGAAGGGCACAGGGUCGUAACCUUGCACUGCCGCCGCAAGGAGGUCAGCUACGGACAGAGGGUGGAGGUAGGCUGGCAGCGGGUGCUGCAGGUGGAUCUGGAGGUGGAUGCGGUCGCGGGUGGUGUGGCCGCGGCUGCUGCGGUUGGUGCGGCCGGCAGUCACUCCAUCUCCUGGCAGGUGGAGUACCCGCCUGGCAGAGGCCUGGUGCUGGAGGCAGACACCCACCUGCAGCUGGCGCAGAGGGAGCUGGGGGGCAUCGUGCCACUGGCCAUGGAAACAGAGAUCUUGAACACGGCGGUCCUGACUGGGAAGACGGUCGCCGUGCCGGUAAAGGUGGUGACGGUGGGUGUGGAUGGCGCGGUGACGGACGUAUCCGACUCGGUGGAGUGCCACUCAACGGACGAGGACGUCGUCAAGGUGUCGGACCGCUGUGACUAUGUGUAUGUGAACGGUAAAGAGCAGCGGGGGCGAGUGCGGAUGACGGUGAACUUCACCUACAGCUACCUGAGCGCCCAGCUGGAGAUGAGUGUGUGGGUCCCACGCCUGCCCCUGCAGAUCGAGCUCUCCGACAACGAGCUCAGCCAGAUCAAGGGCUGGAGGAUCCCCAUACAGGCCAGCAGCAGCCAGCGGUCUGCACGGGACAGUGAUGACGACGAGGAGGAUGACCGGCGAGGGCGUAGCUGCACCCUUCAGUACCAGAAUGCAAUGCUGCGUGUCCUCACACACUUUGUGGCCGAGGAGGCCCGUGGUCAGCUGACCUACAUGCUGGGCUCUGAUUGGCAGGUGGACAUCACAGGGCUGGUGUGGGACUUCCUGAAGGUGGAGGACCCACGCAUCGUCCGUCUGCAGGAGGGACGCAGGCUGGUGGGAUUAGGUGCAGGCAUGACAGGCAUACAGGUGCUGUCCCCGCUGUCGGACUCCAUCCUGGCGGAGCGUACAGUGCGUGUGCUGGAAGAGCGGGUCAGCAUCAUGGAGCUCGGGCUGCAGCUGGUCAGCGGCCUCUCGCUCAGCCUGCAGCUCAGCCCGGGCAGCAACAGGGCUGUCCUCGCCACGGCAACCACGCAGGAGGAGCUCAGCAACCCCAAACAGGAGGCACUGGUUAGCGUCUGGCUACAGUUCAGCGACGGCUCGGCCGCACCCCUCGACCUCUACGACCCCGGGAGCUUCCAGCUGAGCGCCACGUCCCUGGACGAGACGGUGGUGCAGGUGCAGACCCAGGCGCGGUCACCCGGCACCGGCGUUGGAGACACGGCGGGCACUGAUUCGUUGGCAUCCUCCUCGCGCCACUGGCCGGUCAUCGUGGCGCAGAGCGAGGGGCAGGGCCUGCUGCUGCGGGUGGAACUGAGCGUGCCCGAGACGUGCCAGCGCUACAAGCCACGCCGUGCCGCCACAUUGGCCUCGGGCACGUGCCAGGUGCGCGUGCGCUUUGGCCCGCCCGAACCCCCCGAGGUGGCCGAGGACGGCGGCAGAGGCGGUGAUGGCGGUCGAGGGCCCCCCAUGAACCGGCCGCCCCAGCGGAGGCCCCCGCCCGUGUCCUCGGCCAGCGUGCACUACGGCAGCUCCGUGUCAGACGCCGGCGACGCCGUCAUGAGGCGGCUCGGCACCACUGCCGCCUCCACCACCAGGACCAACAUCCUACGGAGGCCGGGAGGGGACAAACUGUCGGACGACGGCAGCCAGCUCCCCGUAGACUUUGCUGACUUCCCAGCACAGGUGGACGUGCCGCGAGGACGUAACAUGGACGGCGAGGAUGACGAGGGCCUGACCAACGAAGACUUGCUGCAGACGGCGCGGGGCCUGACCGACCUGGAGAUCGGCAUGUACGCGCUGCUGGGCGUCUUCUGCCUGGCCAUCCUGGUGUUCCUCAUCAACUGCGUCUCGUACGCCCUCAAGUACCCGCACAAGGAGCUGGGAGGAGCCGAGGAGGGGGGCCUGGAGGGGGGGGCGGCGAGGCCUCACGCCCACGACUGGGUGUGGCUGGGCAGCGAGGGCGGCGCCGAGCUGGGCCUCUCCCCGCACCGCGACGAGGACACCGGCCUGGGCGUGCUGGUGAUGGACAGCAGUCUGGGCGCGCUGGAGGAGGGCAGCCAGCUGCUCAACGGCGGAGGGGCCGUCCCGGGGCUGCAGAAGCACGUGCAGGGGCAGAUGCGCCGCUCGCCGGACGCCAGCGGGGCAGGAGGCCAAGGGGGCAGUAAAGAGGCCAAGGGGGACUCGCCGACCAGUAAGAGGAAGCGCGUGAAGUUCACCACCUUCAGCACGGCGGCGGAGCGCGGCAGCCCCGCGAGCGAGAGCGUGGGAUCGGGAUCGGGAUCGGGAUCGGGAUCGGGAUCGGGAGGGGACAUCCAGUGGGUGUGUCGGGACGUGGAGCUCAACGACUCCAAAGAGCUGCGGAACUAUAUGGAGAGGCUGAGUGACGGCGUGCUAAGAGACGUGGUCUAGUCCUGCUCCUUUUCCUCACUUCUUUUCGUUUCAUUUCUUUGUUUUUCUGUUUCUGUUUUUGUUUUUUUUAAGUAUUCGUGCGUGUGCUAAAACUGGACUGAAGUCACCUCUUUGCCUUUUUUAAAAAAAGAAAAAAAUAAGAAGAAAAACACACAAACAUAGACAUAACAUAACAUUCAUUCUCCCUGGGAAGUUUUUAAUUUUCGCAACAGAAAAAUAAUUCUGUCCCAGAACCAUGGUAACAAGAGGGUUUUUUGCCGUUAUGGUUGUUUACUGUGGUUGACAUGGCAACUCCUGCGGAGAUUCAUUUAUUACCUUAAUACAAUCUGUGAUCAUAUUGCAGCCUGCUCAAAAUGGUGUUCCGAACAUGCCCACACACACACACACACACACACACACACACACACACACACACACACACACACACACAUUACUUGUGAAAGGGAAACAUGACAAAUAUUAGUUUGUAUUUAUGGAUUUUAUUAUGGUUAUUUUCCUGAUCGAAUACUUGUUCUUUGUCAUCAUCAUACUUUUAUGCCAUAAUAUAUAUAUUUUUUGUAGUUAAGAGUGAAUGAUUGCAUUCUGACAUUUGCCAAUACUUUGUUUGUCACCUAAAGACAUACGUA